UUUGAUCCCACUGCUGAACACAGGCAUUGUGUUAGACACCUCCACAAUAAUUUCAAGAUUGCUGGUCACAGUGGACUAGCAUUGAAGCAAAGAUUGUGGGCAGCAGCUAGAUCAACUACAAUACCCACAUUUGAAGCUAAAAUGGAGAAGAUGUUAUCUCAAUCAGAUGCAGCUUACAGAUGGCUUCAGGAAAAGCCAGCAUAUCAUUGGAGUAGGUCACACUUCAGUACUCAUUUUAAGUGUGAUAUGAUUCUUAACAACUUGUGUGAGUCUUUUAACUCAGCUAUUAUUGAAGCAAGGGAUAAGCCUAUUCUGACACUCCUAGAGAGAAUUCGAAGUUAUUUGAUGCUAAGAAUGGCUAGACUUAGAGAAACUGUUUGGACACAUGAUGUUGGUCCUAGAAUUUUUGGAAUUGUUGAGAAGCUAACAACUGAGAGUGCUCAAUGCAUAGCAUCAUAUGCUGGUGGGGAGAAAUAUCAAGUUAAUAACAUCCAUGGUGGAAUGUAUGUAGUGGAUUUGGAGAGGCACACCUGCACUUGCAGAAAGUGGGACUUAUGUGGAAUCCCUUGUUCACAUUCUAUGGCUGCAAUUGCCAAAACAGAGAAGAGCCCUUAUGACUUUCUGCAUUCACUUUACAAAAGAGGUGCAUAUGACAGGGCUUAUGAGAGUUAUAUAUCUCCAAUGCCUAGUCAAGAAUACUGGAGAAAAACAGGCCAUAGACCCAUCAAGCCACCUCUUUACCACAAACAACCGGGAAGACCUAGAACAAGUAGGCAAAAGGAACCUGAUUAGAUACCAAAAAAUGCAACAAAGCUGAAGAGAUAUGAGAUUGUCAUUUCUUGUAAAUCUUGUGGAGGUGAAGGUCACAAUUCUGCAACUUGUGGAGCUGAAGGUCAUACUGGAGAAAGAGGCGGAAGACAGGAACAAGCUAGAGGCAGGGGAAGGGCAAUAAGAGUUC